AUGUCUGGCCGCCCGUCUCGCGCCAAGUCAUGGCGUAUGGCAUCUUCUCUCUCUCUCUUUUUCCUUGCUUUCCUCGCUCUGUUUUGUUUCUGUCCCGGUGCCACUGCGAGUUCGAACAGUGAAUACGGUACUGUUAUAGGCAUAGAUUUGGGUACAACUUAUUCGUGUGUCGGCGUUCAACGUGGUGGUCGUGUCGAAAUUAUCGCCAAUGACCAGGGUCAUCGUAUAACACCCUCAUGGGUUAGCUUCACUGAUGACGAGCGGCUGCAAAACGCAUUCCAUUCAAAUCCAACUAACACCGUUUUUGACGCCAAACGUCUCAUUGGCCGGAAAAUGGACGACCUGGAAUUAAAGCGCGACAUGAAACACUUUCCCUUCAACGUUGUUGACAAGGGUGGCAAACCAGCUAUUUCGAUAGGUUACAAGGGUGACACACGCCAAUUUACUCCAGAGGAGAUUAGCGCCAUGAUUUUGACAAAGAUGAAGGAGACCGCGGAAGCCUAUCUAGGCGAGAAGGUUACCCACGCAGUAGUAACGGUUCCUGCAUAUUUCAAUGACGCUCAGCGUCAAGCCACGAAGGAUGCUGGUACAAUUGCUGGUUUGAAUAUCCUUCGUAUCAUCAAUGAGCCCACUGCUGCCGCUAUCGCCUAUGGUCUUAAUAAGAAGGGUGGCGAGUCUCAGAUUAUCGUCUAUGAUCUUGGAGGAGGAACUUUUGAUGUUUCUUUACUUUCGAUCGACGAUGGUGUCUUCGAGGUCCUAGCAACUGCUGGUGAUACCCACCUUGGUGGUGAAGAUUUCGACAACCGCGUCAUCGACUAUCUCGUCAAACAGUAUAAGAAGAAGACUGGCACCGACGUCACCAGUAACCUUCGCGCCAUGGGCAAGCUGAAGCGCGAGGUCGAGAAGGCCAAGCGCACUUUGUCGAGUCAACAGUCGACCCGCAUUGAAAUCGAGUCAUUCGAGGAUGGCAACGAUUUCUCAGAGACACUCACUCGCGCUAAAUUUGAAGAGCUUAACAUGGAUCUAUUCCGCAAGACUAUGAAGCCCGUGGAGCAGGUACUCAAGGAUGCAAAGAUUAACAAAGAGGACAUUGACGAAGUUGUCCUUGUUGGUGGUUCAACCCGCAUUCCCAAGGUUCAACAACUCCUCAAGGAGUAUUUUGGCAAAGAGGCGUCGAAGGGUAUUAACCCCGAUGAAGCUGUUGCUUAUGGUGCUGCUGUCCAGGGUGGUAUCCUCUCUGGUGAGGAGGGUACCGAAGACGUCGUGUUGGUGGAUGUUUGUCCUUUGACACUUGGCAUUGAAACCACCGGUGGCGUCUUCACCAAGCUCAUUCCCCGUAACACUGUGAUUCCCACUCGCAAGUCACAGAUCUUCUCAACGGCUGCUGACAACCAACCUACUGUCCUGAUCCAGGUCUUCGAGGGUGAGCGAUCCUUAACUAAGGAUAACAACCUUCUCGGCAAAUUCGAGCUCUCGGGCAUUCCCCCUGCUCCUCGUGGUGUUCCUCAAAUUGAGGUAACGUUCGAGAUUGACGCCAACGGUAUCAUGAAGGUUGGUGCUUCCGAUAAGGGAACUGGUAAAUCCGAGUCGAUUACGAUUACGAACGAGAAGGGUCGUCUGUCUAAAGAGGACAUUGAACGCAUGGUUCGCGAGGCUGAAGAUUUCGCUUCAGAGGAUGAAGCUAACCGAAAGCGCAUCGAGUCCCUCAACGCCUUGUCUACGUUCGUCUACGGACUCAAGUCGCAACUUGGUGACCAGACAGGCCUUGGUGGCAAGAUCGACGACGAUGAUAAGAAGACCAUCCUUGCCACCAUCAAGGAGGCUACGGAGUGGAUUGAUGACAACGGCCAGAGUGCCUCCACUGAGGAGCUCGAGGAAAAGCUAGUGGAGAUUCAGAACGUUGUCAACCCCAUCACGAGCAAGCUUUACAAUGGUGCUCCAAGCGAGCCUGAGGAUGACGAACCUUUCUAUGCCCAUGAUGAACUGUGA